GGGGAGCAACUUGUGUCUAUCAUUCACUUAGACAGUAUAAUGUGUGUAGCACACCUGAUAGGUGUUUACAGCUCACAAUUCAUUCCACGCACACUCAAACACACUGAUUCUUUGUUGGCUGUUUUGGCCUACUAUGUCGGAAAAAAGUUAGGUACCAUUGUGAUACUGCCGGAUUACAAGGUCGGCUCGGUACCUUAA